AUGACACCAGCGGCACCAGUGGCGUCGUCAUCAAGGAAGAAGUUUCCUUCUGGAAUUAAGCUGCUACACGAUGGGGGUGGCAGCGUAAUCGACAUUAUCUUCGUGCAUGGCCUCACCGGUGAUCGAGAGAAGACAUGGAAAACAAAAAGCGCGACUGAUCCGUGGCCAAAGGUUCUGCUGCCGUCUAAAGUGCCCAAAGCCCGAAUACUCACAUUCGGAUACGACGCCUACGUAACCGACUGGCGAGGCAUGGUGUCAAAAAAUAGGAUUGGAGAUCAUGCAAUGAACUUACUGGCCGCAGUUGCCACUUAUAGAGUGGAUGAUGACCCUAAUGACCGUCCGAUCAUCUUUGUCUGCCACAGCUUGGGGGGUCUUGUCUGUAAAGAUGCUCUGUCAAAAGCACAGCACCAUCCGGAAAAACACAUUAAGCAAAUAUUCCUCUGUACUCGUGGGAUUGUGUUCCUCGGCACUCCACACCUUGGUUCCGGUCUAGCUCAGUGGAUGGAAAGUCUAGCUAAGGCUAUCGGCGUGCUCAAGCAGACCAACGCUGAAAUUUUGGCUGUUCUCAAGAGUGACUCUGAACCUCUCAAGCAGAUUCAAAACAAUUUUUACACCAUGAUUCGGUCACGAAGCCAGGAUAGACUUCCGCCAAUUGCAAUCACUUGUUUCUUCGAGGAAUUACCCUUGCCUGGCAUAGGAAUAGUUGUUUCAUCUCACUCUGCAACCCUUCCCGGUUACAUUGCAAUAGGGAUACGUAGCAAUCACAUAGGCAUGACGAAGUUUGAAGAUGAAAACGAUCCUAGAUUUACCGCUGUUGCUGGUGAGCUUCACCGAUGGGUCAAGGAGCUAAGGAGCCCCGAAAAGACCAGAUCACCUUAG